UGCUAGUCAUAUACCAUUAGACCAGAUAUCUGGCACCGUUCUUGGCUACAGGGUGGUGUGUAUGGAAGAAGACACUCGAACAGCUUUGCUGCGAACUGCGUCUAGCUGGACCGAUUGGAUGAUGGUCGACAACCUCAAAAAGUUCACUUGGUAUUUGAUUCAAGUUGUUGGCUUCUCAGAUCAAGGAUCCAGUGUUUCUAGUGAGGUUAUUCGCGUACUGACUCUUGAAGAUGUUCCCAGUGCACCUCCAUCAGCUGCAAUCGUUCACGACAUGCGUGAUACCUCUACUAUUGAUAUCCGGUGGAGCACAGUGCCCCCGGAGCACAGAAAUGGUAUUAUACUGGGCUACAAGCUCACUUGCCGAGAGAAUGCUGAACAAGAUGAAGAUGAUAGUAACAGCUUAGUGUUCAGUAAGACAUACAUCCUUUCAGCUUCAACCACCAAAUUCACCUUACAUAAUCUUAACUCUUCAACAAGCUACUUGUUCGAGCUUUUGGCGUACACGUCCAAAGGUGAUGGCGUAGAAAUCAAGCUAACAGGAGCAACCUGCAAUUGUGAGAGAGAGGUGUACACUAACUGGUAUGAAUAUCCACCAUAUGUGAGUAAAGAUGACACAGGAAUCCCAGGAGGGAUAUUUGGUCCUUUGAUCAAAGAUAUGAUACUUACAGCUUGUGGAGAAUGUCCAAACGGCCAUGGGCGAUCAGUAUUAAGCUUUUCCGAUAAUGGGAAGGGUGAUCCUGCCAACAAACACAGCCAGUAUGACGUCAUUAACGACAUAGAUGACGUCACAGAUGUUAGUUUUCCAGUCCGUGGUUAUGUUGGGGAUACAAAAUUCAUGAAGUAUUACACGUAUGUUUCAUUACUCGAGUCUCCUGGAACAGCAUUCCUGACGGUUCGUAAGGAUGAAGCAACAUCUAGGAAUGACGCGUUGUACAGCACGCUAAGUGACUGCUGGCCUGUAAUUAUCUUGGCCUUUAGUAUGGCGUUGUUGGCAGGGAUUCUAAUAUGGUUUCUGGAAUGUAGUUCCAAUCCAGAACAGUUUCCUCCCUUGUUUUACCAAGGAGCUUGGGAAGGACUUUGGUUUUGUUACAUUUCCAUGACAACCGUUGGAUACGGAGAUCGAGCUCCAGUUACCGUACUGGCUAGAAUCUUGACAUUCGUUUGGAUUCUUACUGGUUUAUUGAUCAUAUCAAUCUGUAUGGGUCUCAUAGCAUAUUCCUUGACUGUGGUUGUCGCAUCACUAGAGAAACAAGUUAUUCUCUAUGGAACAAAAGUUAGUGCCGUAGAGAAUUCUACAGAGUACAGGAUUGGUCUUCUCAAGAACGCCAAAAUGCAUGCAUACCCUUCGCUGACUUCCUCGUACCAAGCUCUCGGCAAUGGUGAGGUGGACGGUGUUCUUGUAGAUGCAUGUGUUGCAGGAAGCCUUCAAGAUAUCACUUCUGUUAAUACCUACGUUAAUCGAAUCAUAGACAGUGGAUCUUAUACCUAUGGUGUUGUACUGUCUGGGAAGGUAGUGAGGCUACAAAAAGCCUGCAGUCAAUACAUCCAAAGUAAUAGGGCGAUAAUUAGUCAUUGGAUCAAAAAGAACAUCAAGCCGUUGCAAAGUUCACCUGCUGUUGUUUCAAACACUUCUGAGCCAUCAGCUCAUGUCGUGAAUCAACACAAAUCCAGCAUCAGUGCUUGGGAUGUGAUUAUCGUCCUCCUGGUUGUGCUUGGGGUUUGUACCUUCUUUGGACUAGUCUGGGAGGCUUACUUACGAUUAAAGAUUCAAAAAGAAGAUAAAAUAAAACAAGACAUGGAAAGGAGAAGGGCCUGUCUACAUCAAGUCGUCAAGGAAUUUUACGACAAUUGUAAUACAACUUGGAGUAAACUGAGACGAAAGCAUGUCAAAGAACUAGAAACAUUUUGUAAUCUAAAUAAGGGAAAAGGAAGCAUUAGUAAGAGUUAGAAUACUUUUAAAACCGUCAUUACCAAGGGAAUAGAGGCUUUGCCCCGAUAGUGGCAGGUAGCCAUGACAGGGGGCACAACAAUACAGCUAGACCUUUUCCUUGAAAAUGAUUACCUUUUCAUGUAAAUCCGAUUAGACCAGAUUCAAUAAGCCCUUUACAGUUAACGGUCACUGUUUGAACUGGAGGGCAACAUUUUUGUUUUUAUUUUAAAUUCAACUGAAUGAAACGAUGUGCAACUAGUGUGUUACGAAAUGCAGUUUUAUUACGAUCUCUCGGAGCAGGUUGUAGAAAGCGUGCUUGCUCUUCAGUAAAUACUUACCCACGGGAAUCUAAACGUUCAUUCGCUCUCAGUGAAUUUAUCAGCACGUGAUUACUUAGCUGCAAAGAGCUUAUUGUUCCUGCCUCCUGUCAUGGCUGCCAUCACGUGAUGGUAGGAAGCCCUCUAUCAACGAAAACAUAAAAAGUAGUGAAAUGUUUCCAGUAGUAAAACAUUUUGACAUAAUUGUCCCACUUGUGACCCAUUUAAUUGGUUAGGGUCGCGGGGAGUCAGAAAAGGCGUAUUUUCAAAAAAAUUCUACGACCGAAAUGCAUGUCGGUUAACUACGCAUGUCUGCACAACCAAACCAGUCGUUCUGCUUUUGUCGAUGAACGACGGAAUUCUCAGUUGCAAGCAUCAACACGAAAGCGCAUGCAGGUUAUUUUCUGUUUCAUAUGCAAACAAAGGUAUUCUUUUUAAUUAGAACAACUUUAUAGUGUAAUUCUGAAAAUACAUAUUAUAUGGGCUGA